AUGUGGGAAAGGAGUGGUAUGAUUGAGCGCACAAUUGUUCCCUUUAGAUGCGCCUUCCUGCUGCCCUCCUACGGCACAGGCGACAUCGUCCAAGCCUUCGCCCGUCGCUGCUCCGUGGAGUCCGGUCUUUACGUGCUGAGAUGCACCCCCAGCAAGGUCCGAAGUGUUGAAGGAAUGGUAGAGGUCACCACCGAGGGAGGCCAAGUUAUCAGAGGUCAUCAUGCGGUCAUCUCCCCGGACUAUCUCCCCUGUGACCAGCACGCUACCCACACAAUUUCGUGGCGCGCGGUCUUUUGUACCGACAAGCCGUUGCUCUCUGGUGGCCUUCCUUACCGUCUUGCUGUGAUGUCUCUACCUUCGUCCACACGGGAAGCUCCUUCAGUGGUGUCGGUAUUGCAGACAACACUGUCUGUUGGUGUUGACAAGAAGAGNNNNUUUCCCAAACUGAUGCUAAGUUAA